CCAAAGGCGAACUUUUGCAAGACCAUUUUACACACAAACCACGUCUAGGCAACCAGCCCAACAUACAUAUUACAGCUGCAUUGCACUCUUUUUUUUACUACUCGCCAAGUUCUAUGUACUCACUUUUUACCAGAUUCUCGUCCACCACCCCAGUUUAAAUCCACAGUUUCAAAAAUAAAAUAAAAUUCUGUGUAAUAGUAAUUUCGCCUGGAAAGUUUUGAAAAAGAGGGCAGGGAGGAUGGUGCGAGGGUGGUGAAACGACGAGGUGGCGAAAUUGUUAGGUGCCAAAAAAACCAAGGCUCUCUAACCACACAGUUAACUAAAGUAGGAACAAUUCGCAACUUGGAAUAGUGGCAAAAUUCUUUCGCCCCAGUUUUCUGGCCUCAAUAAAUUCAAGAGUAAAGUUUUUGUUACCAAUUGCAGAAAAUAUAAGUAUACCUCAACUUUUUUUGAGACUAUAAUAAAUCAUUAAUAUAUUUCUAACUGGUGCGUUUCGCACUUUCUUAAAUAAAAUUCUUAUACUUUUUUUCCCAGUUGAAAAUUAACUUGUAACAAAUGAGAGUAAAUUUCAUUGUUGUCAGGUUUAUGGUCAAUGUCUCCGCUGAUAUCAAUUUGAUAUCAAUGGGAUUUUGUAGAGGUGUCAUUUGAACAAGUAGAGGAGCCUAAAAAUCUAAAUUUUUUGAUUAAAAAUUAAAUUUUCCCAUUCAUUCUUCUCCUAAAUCUUGAAAUAAAAACAUAAUCCUUAAAUUUCGGACGGUAGGAAAAAACUAAACUUUCCCUUAACUUAAAAAUCAUUGCAUUAAUAUAAUCGUGAAAGGAAAUAGGCAGUCAAAAUCCGAUUCUCAUUAAACAAAGCUAUACAAUCUUCAGUAUUAUAACAAGUCAUUCGCACAGUGAUUGUAGUAGAAAAAUAACGAUUGAUUGACGUACAUUUUAUACAUACUUAUCGCGUAAGAAGAACACAAUUUUAACAAUUCGGAAUAAAAGCAACUAAAUCGGACCUCUGGAACUGCAUGACAUUCUACUUUUGCUCAGGAUUCUUAAGAAAAUGGCUCACUCUGGCACUGGAAUCGGCCUUAGUGACACACAAUUCGAUGCAGAGUUGAGGCGUAAUGAGAUUGAUCACGACUUUUUUGACAACCCAUGCGGUAACAGCUUUACCUCAGAGGACAGCUUGGGGUCUGAUGUUCCUUGCAGGACGAAAAAAUCCGAGGAUGAAACUCGAACUGAAGAACAACAUGAACUAGGGGCAAGUGAAGCCGAUAACCGACCAGGACCUCGACUCCGUCUCAAUUUGGACAUGGCUGCUGCUGCACGACAAUCACGACAUCACGACGAUGACGACUUGGUCACCCCUGACACUUGUGUAGCCUCACCAAGCACACGCUUUACUUUGCCAGCACCAUAUUCUGGACACAUUCAUUCAUCUGGAGGUUUCUUUAACUCAGGAAUGCAGGGAAGUGGAUCUGGACCGCAUUCAUCCUAUUUAACUACGGAUCCUCAUAAAUAUGCUGAACAAAAUACAGGGAAUGCAUUUAUCGAUUGUCCUCUGGAAACACGGGAGAAAUUAUUUGACCUCAGCAGCAGUAGUUCUGAGGGAGACUCGGAUUCAGAUGCAGGGUCUGACGGUUGGACUUUGGACACUGAAGAUGAAGAAUUUGUAGACCUGCUGGAGAAAUACUAUGAUUACAUUGAUCUUGGAGAAUCUGAUAAUUCGGACUUGACUGAAGUUUCUCCAAUGUCAUCAUUCUCAGCCAGUCCCCACCCUUCGUUCGGAAGGAACGUCCAAGAAGUUCCCGACCAUGCUGAUCCAGUUUAUAAAGUCGAUGAUCGAACUUACAACCGACUUAAUGGUAUGAUGGGUCGCACUGAGAAAUUGCCUCUUGCCAAACCCCUUCCUCCUCUUAUCAUCCACACAUUGGAGGACGUUCCAAUUAUCAGGCCUCGACCGGCUACUUUUGCACAAGGAUUUGUAAUCCCAAAAAAGGAGGAUGCUUUCCCAGAGCCUCUUCUCAUGAAGGCGAUCAACUCUGACAAUAAUAUCGAUGAGCGUCCAAGUAACAGUCUUAGCCAUCGUAAGGGUUCAUUGGAUGGGUCGGACAUUAAGCCAUCUUCCAGCGCAAGUAAUAUGUCUACUUCCACCUCAUCGGCUUCAUUUCGGAGCAAAAGUGAAAAUAACUUGCUUCAACAAGCAGAAUCAUCCAGCAUGUCUGUCCCAUCAUCGCUCGAUUCAUUCGCCCUAAUCGCUCAGUUUCAAGAAACCCAAGAAAACAAUAAACCCUACAGAAAAUCCGAGAGAAAGAGUUCAGAUUCCACCAGAAGCUUUACCUGUGCUCAGAUAACUCAUGUCAAGGGGACAAUUCAGCAUCAUCGAUAUGGAUAUCAUAACCAUCAACCAGUUAAGGCUUCAGCAACUAUUGCACGACAACGUCAACAACGACGAAUUGAACAUGAGAAUUCGAUCUUGGUGCGACGCUUGCAAAGUGUGAAACCGUCAAAAGAAAUUGUGGAAGCCUUCAGAUCUGGAACGAAUAAUUUAAAAUGCACUUUCUAAAACUAAAUUCAAAAUUACCAAAUGCAAACUUUCAGAAUAUUCAGAUGUAUUUAAAAAUCCAAGCAAAUCAAAAUCAUUUAUCCAGGGCCUCAUGAUUUCUUUUAUCAAUAUUAGAUUAUGAUAGUGGUUAGUAAUUUUAAAAUUGCAGAUUGUAGUUUUAUUUGACAAGUGGAAAAUAAUAUGUGUACUGAAUUUUAGGGAGUUAAAUGGUGCAUCAAGGUAUUUUUUCAAAAGUAAUGCAAACUUUCUUUAAAUUACUAGCAACGAUAUCAGAGUCUAUAUGAUUUAGUAUUUCAAAACAAAAUUAUUUUCAAUUAUGUAUUUCAUUAUUAUAGUUACCCCUAUUCCUAUUAUAAAAGUGUUUUAAACAUUGUAGCACUGUACAAUUUCAAAAGAUGUGUUAAAUCAUUAGCUUAUUGUAAAAAAAACUUCAUGCAAAAUGAAUCCAAUGUUGAAUGUAAUAUGUCAUUACUAAGUAACAUUACGGCGAGUUCACAAUUCAUAAUCAGUCAAAAACUAUAAUUUUGUGAUGUAAACGCCUGGGUAUCGAACAGUAUAUCUAAAAAAAUAUGAAGGUAAAUCGAAAGAGUCUUAAAAGCUGGAAUAAUUCCAUGACGUCUGCAAUUGCCAAACGUCGAACCAAAUCAACCGCAACUGAAUACUUAUUAUACGCAAAAUUUUCUCAAAAAUGUUCUUGCAAUUUGCUUGUAAUAAUGGUAAGAAAGCUAAAUAAAGUCUUUUUAUUACAAAAGUG